GGAAUAUGCAUGCUCGCUCCAGUGGGCUAAAUUUUAGAGCUAAUAAUGUGUCAGGCAAGGCUAGAGCAGCCUGGUCUGCCAAACAACCUGCCCUUUACCAAUUUGAUCAAACAGCCAUGGUUUCUCUGACUGUCCCUGAAGGGCCAUUCAUCUUCCAUCAGUGAUCCUAUAUGAGAUGGGUGUGUUCCCUCUAUGGCUCUGAAAGGCAUUUCUAGUAAAAAGAUAAAUAUCCUCCUUGCAAUUCUUGGGCUUUGGGUGUUCCUUACUCUGGGAAAGGAUUUAAAGCUGUCUGCCAGACCCGUGGGCUGUUACAACAAGACAGUGCCACAAUGCUGAGCUCAGGCCGGCGGAUUCCCCUCCUUUCCCUCCUCCUCCUGCUGCUCUCAGCGAUGGAGCUGAGCUGGUCCUUUACAGAUGAGGAAAAGCAGCAGAUUGUGGACAAGCACAACCUGUAUCGUUCCAUGGUUUCCCCUUCAGCUGCAAAUAUGCUGAAAGUGCGCUGGGAUUCAGAACUGGAAACCUUUGCCCAAAAUUACUCAACACAAUGCACUUGGGAACAUAAUAAGGAACGUGGCUACCGAGGCGAGAACCUUUUUGCCAUGACUGGAUACCUGGAUCUGGAGAGAGCGAUGGAAGACUGGUAUAUCGAGUACCAGUAUUAUAAUUACAGCACAUUGGAAUGUAAAGAAGGGGAAAUGUGCGGUCAUUACACCCAGGUAGUUUGGGCCACCAGUGAGCGUGUUGGCUGUGGGACAACAUUCUGUGAAACCCUGGAACUGAUAAAUGAUACUGACAUGCAUUUGUUUGUCUGCAACUAUCAACCCCCGGGAAAUAUAAGGGGACAUAAGCCAUAUAUCAUGGGAGAUUCAUGUUCCAUGUGCCCAGAGGGCUACUUCUGCAAGGACAAUCUCUGUGAUUCCACUGCUGAUGUAGAAGAAACCACUGCAGCACCCACAACCCCUGAGUUGAAAUCAACUACAAGCCUAGAUUUGCAGUCCAUCAUAACAGUUUCAGCAACCUAUAUACCAGAAAGUCCCCAAACUGGCACCGAAGCAGGAUCAGAACCUCCCGUUACAGAAGAUCAAGACACCAUUUCAACUGCAAGCCCAGAUCUGCAGUCCACCACAAUAGUUUCAGUAGCAUACACACCUGAAGGCUCCCAAAUUGGCACAGAAGCACAAUCUGAACCCAUUGUGACAGAAAAACCAGAUGUGGAUCUUAACGUACCUGACUUACACUCAGGCACAGAUGGGAUUGAUGAAUCCUUGAUGACCACAACCAGUGCUACAUCUUUUGUAAACUUAAUCCCAUCUCUUUCUUCUAUUUCUCCUGAAACAGGAACUAAAACAACUACUGGCACAGAUGUGAUUGAUGAAUCCUUGAUGACCACAACCCGUACUACAUCUUUUGUAAACUUUUCUUCUAUUUCUCCUGAAACAGGAACUAAAACAACUACUGGCACAGAUGGGAUUGAUGAAUCCUUGAUGACCACAACCAGUGCUACAUCUUUUGUAAACUUUUCUUCUAUUUCUCCUGAAACAGGAACUAAAACAACUACUGGCAUAGACGGGAUUGAUGAAUCCUUGAUGACCACAACCAGUGCUGCAUCUUUUGUAAACUUUUCUUCUAUUUCUCCUGAAACAGGAACUAAAACAACUACUGGCACAGAGCAUCCGUCUUCUGCUGGUGUCUUAAUCACAACCCAAACAUCCUUGGUCAAAACUGAGCAACCUGUAACGACUCCCACAACUACCACAAAGACCCCCUCCACUCCCACAAAGCCAUCUGUGCCCAAGCCCACCUCUGUGCCCAAGCUUCCCUCUGUGCCCAAACCCCCCUAUGUCCCUAAGACCCCCUCUGUCCCUAAGCCCCCUCAUAUUGAUAAGCCUCAGUUUUUUCCUAAGCCACCCCCCAUCACUAUACAACGUCCCAUCUCUAAAAAACCAGCACGCCAUCGUUUGAUGGCCUAUUCCAAAGCCAUACAGAGCAGCAGCAAUUCUUUCCAGUCUUCUGCAGGUAAAGCAGCCUCAAUGUCUGUCUGCCUGCCCUGCCUUGGGUGUAAACAGAUCAGCCAACCUGAGGACAUAAAGACUGCCCUUAAGGAGCUGACCUUCAGAUAUCCCUAUGCACCUUGCUUUGGCUCACUUCCCCGAUGGCAAAGACAUAGCAAGUGCAGUUGGUGUGGGCACACUCGAAGCAAUGCUCUUAGAAACACCGGGCCUUACUGGCUCCACACUUCAUAGUAAUACGUAAUCUGACAUAUUUACAG